UUCCAUUCCGGAGUUCGGCCUGUCGUGACGUCACUUCCUCUUCCGGUUACAGUUGCGAGCCGACAAGAAGGAAAAGAAGAAAUGCGCGCUGCCACGCACGCCCAGCGUGUCCUGUCCACCUUGAACCAGCAGAGGGCGGCAGGGAGUUUCUGCGACACCCUGCUGAAAGUGUCGGACGGCGCCAUCUACGCCGCCCACCGCGGCGUCCUCGCCUGCUUCAGCCGCGCCUUCCAGGGCGCCGACAUGUCCGCCGCCAAAGAGCUGAGCCUCCAGGAGUGCUGCGGCGAGGGCCUGGAGGUGCUGCUGGACUUUGUCUACACGGGACAACUCAAGCUGGACCCCGGCGUCCUGGACAAGGUGCAGAGCGCGGCGGACAGCCUGUGCGUCCCCGAGGCGCUGGCGCUGUGUCAGCGAUUCCGCGACACGCCCGCGGACGCUCCUCUCAAGCGGGGGCGAGGCAGGCCGAGAAAGACGGAGACGGACGUCUUUUUGGAAGAUAAAACGGCGACGAGCGCCAAAGAGGAGUGCGGCUCGGACGCGCUCGCAGGAAGCGUGAACGCGCUCGCCACCACCCGCUCCGGUCGAGUGGUCAAAGGUCCCAGACGGCUGAUGGCGGACGAGGACGAUGGAGCCCCGCCUACUUUUUGCCACGACAUCGCUGAGCAGACGACGGGUGAGAGUCAGGCCAGCGAGCAGCCGAGCGACACCAACGACACAGACGCGGGUGAGGACUUUGACACAACCGUCCCGGACUCCGACGAGGAGUACGUUCCCGUCCACCAGUCCGGUCCCGGCGAGACCGCGUCCCUCGCAGCCUCCCAGCCGGAGACCAACGGGGACGACGGCGAAGCGGCGGAGGACGAGUCCAGCAACUCCGUGCAGUGUCCCGUCUGCCGCAAAGUGUUCAAGAGCAAAUACUACCUCAAAGUCCACAACAGACGACACACUGGAGAGAAACCCUUUGGUUGCCAGAAAUGUGGGAAGCGUUACUUCCGGAAGGAGAAUCUGAUGAUCCAUGAGGUCAGACAUUGCACCACACCACAGACCUACACCUGUCCCACCUGCUCCUCCACCUUUCCAGGCAAAGAGGAGCUGCGUGCACACGUGGUGUCACACACGGGACACACGCCCUACAAGUGUUCAACGUGUGCAGAACACUUCAUGUACAAGAAGAACCUGACGGCUCACAUGAUGAAGGUCCACGGACACCCCAAACCACACGCUUGCCCUCAGUGCCCCAAAACCUUCCUCACGCGCUCGGAGCUGCGCGUGCACGAUGCGUCCAAGCAUCGCGGCGAGAAGCCGUUUGUGUGCGAGGAGUGCGGCCAUCGAGCCUCCAGUCGCAACGGCCUGCAGAUGCACAUCAAAGCCAUCCACAGGAACGAGCGUCCCUUCGUGUGCAGCGUCUGCAACCACGCCUUCUCCCAGAAGAACAACCUCAACAUGCACCUGCGCGUGCACAGCGGCGAGCGGCCCUACCAGUGUCACCUGUGCGGCAAAACCUUCCGAACGCAAGCCAGCCUGGACAAACAUCACCGCACGCACACGGGCGAGCGGCCCUUCCCGUGCGACGCGUGCGAGCGCCGCUUCUCCGAGAAGGGCGCGCUCCUUCGCCACAAGGCCAGCAAGCACGAGGAGGGUCGGCCCCACUGCUGCCAUAUUUGUAGCAAGACCUUUAAGGCCAAAGAGCAACUGAGCGUUCACCUGCGGCGCCAUAAAGGCAUGCGGAAGUUUGAAUGUGGCGACUGCGGAUACAAGUUCACCCGACAGGCACACCUGCGUCGUCACCACCAGAUCCACAAGCGCACAGAGAACUACAACCCGCGCCAGAGGAAGCUGAGGAACGUGGUCGUGGAGGACGACGACGACGACGACGACGCGGGAGGCGACGGCGACUUUCACGCCACCGAAGCGGCGGAAACCCCGGCGGUCGUCAUGGAAACGUCGGCCCCCUUGCCGACAACCUCCGCCGCCCCCGGCCUGGACUUGGACUGCGUGGUGAGCGUGGUCAUCGAGUAGACCUGGGGGUUCACACAUGCAGUCAAAUGUUGCAACACUGCUAGAAAAAGAUGAAACGUGACAAUAAGAUUUUACCUUUUACAAAAAUGCCUGUUGACAAAUAAAUUG